AUGAGCACACCAGCCUUUUUGACCCCAUUUGAUGUUGAAUGGUCGGCAGUAGAGAUGGAGAUAGGAGGUUAUAGAGCUGCGUACAUUGUUAUGCAAGGUCUGCCGAAGAGACGUGUUUAUGGCUUCCCACUUAUUGGACCUGAUAUAGAGCUGAUCAAGGGUCUUCCUAUCUAA